AUGAGACGGUGCUGUGGACGUGGCAGUGGGAUAAGAGAGGAAGAGGACGAGCCAGCACAGACCUUGUUGGGAGCGGAGAGUGGAGAGCGGCUUGGCAGGAUGGACAGGAUGGACACACAGAUGGAUUUCUUUGAGGUGUUGAGGCAGAGACAGGAUGCGGCCGGGGCCGUUGGUGGUGCCGGUCCUUUUGAUGAGGCGGACGGGCAAGAGGAGUUGGCGAGUAGUUUGAUGUAUGUGUCGCCACCGCACAACGAGAAGUCGUUUGAGCAGAUCGGGUUUGGUGUUGGUAACGGUGACGGGGGUGGCACUGGGUCGUUUGUGUUGACUCCCGAGAACUCGUCGGCGUCGCAGUCUGGGACUCACGAUAUUGAUUCUGGUGGUGGUGCUGCUGCUAGUACCAGUGGUGGUGCGGGGCUCGACGAGAAGAAGAAGGCGCAGAAUAGAGCUGCUCAGAAGGCGUACAGGGAGAGGAAAGAGGCCCGUAUGAAGGAUCUGGAGUAUAAACUGAGAGAGAGUGAGUUACACAGAGAGAAACUGUACAGAGAGGUCGAGGAGUUGAGAAGGGCAAAUUUCCAAAUACAGACUACCAACAGACAUUUAUUACAGCAGUGUGAAAAGAAACAGAGAGAAGGUGCUGCGAAUACAAUGACCACGGUGCAACCGUCACAACAGAGGUACGUGUUCCCAACGGAGGGUCAGUGUUUUGAAAAUAUGGCCAGCUCGAAACAGAGCACAGCACAGGGGAGUGAGGGCAUUCUAUUGACGGUGCCCGACACGUGGGAGUACCUCCACAAACUGUCCCGGACUGUGGAUUUCGAUGUAUCACAGGUGAUGGACUCACUGAGAGGGCUGGAAGUUUGCAACGGGCAAGGUGCGUCGUACCUGAAGAAGAACGUCGACGAAAUGGUCGCCAAUGCAACAGUGUGA